UGGCGUGAAGUUGGCACGAAGAUGGUUGUCGCGAGUUACGAAAGAGUAGACGAUUUCUCGCGGGGAAGUCGCUUCCCAAUCGUCCGGAAAAAGUGCCGCACCGCUGUUUUCCUCGACGGAUCCAGCUAGCGGAAGGCAGUGCAAUGUUAUACGACAUAAAGUGGAUUAUACCGAAGCUACGUAACCCGACCAGCCUCUGGAACAUCGCGAGCAGUAUAACCUUCGCGGCAGUAGGGAUUUUCUCGAAAAUCAUUAUAGAAUGGCUGAACAGAACGACGGUGUACAACAAGCAAAUCAUCACACGGGCGCUAGACUGUCGGCCGAAAAAUGUUCCCCUGAUCACGGUCUCGAAUCAUCACAGUUGCUUCGACGAUCCAGGCAUCUGGGCGACACUGGACCUGAGGUAUCUCCUGAAGCGAUCUAAGAUGAGAUGGUCGAUCGCCGCGCACGACAUUUGUUUCACGAAUACCUGGCAUUCCUACUUCUUUAUGCUGGGCAAGUGUAUACCCGUAAUCAGAGGCGCCGGGGUCUAUCAGGAAGCGAUGGAUUUCUGCAUCGAGAAGCUGGCCUCUGGGGAUUGGGUGCAUGUAUUUCCCGAGGGGAAAGUCAACAUGCUCAAAGAGAACAUUAGAUUAAAGUGGGGCGUAGGAAGGUUAAUAUUGGAAUCGCCAGUCACGCCCCUAGUGAUUCCGAUUUACCAUCUUGGCAUGGACCAAGUUCUACCGAACGAACCACCCUACAGAUUGAAAGGUUGGAACAAGGUCACCCUGAAUUACGGUGACCCGAUAGAUUUUAGCGAAUUACUGAACGACUUACGGAUGUCGAAAGCAAGCGAAAUGGAAGCCAGGAAAGCGAUCACGGAUCGAAUUCAAGGAGAGCUUCUAAGAUUAAAAACCGUAACCGAGGAACUUCAUCAGAAGUUAUGAUGCUCGGUUGGGGCCAUCGGACUCCCACCCCGAUUUAGCUUUAAUUUGCCAAAAAAAAAAAAAAA